ACGAAACUGAUCUGCGUUUGUGUGUCGUCUGUCUGUGUGAGAGUGAACAACCGUCAAAUGGCUCAGAAGGGAGUUCUGCUGGACCAGGACCAGUUAUGAUGUUCGGUCUGUCUGGAUCUACUGAAGGAGCCGGUCACUACUGCCUGUGGACACAGUUACUGUAGAAGCUGUAUUGAGGGCUGCUGGUAUCAGGAUGUUCUGAAAGGCUAUAGCUGUCCUCAGUGCAGACAGACCUUCACUCCAAGGCCCACUCUGAGGAAAAAUAACAUGUUGGCUGAGAUGGUGGAGAAACUGAGGAAGACAGGACUCCAGGCUGCUCCCCCUCCUGCUCUGUGCUAUUCUGGACCUGGAGAUGUGGCGUGUGAUUUCUGCACUGGGACCAGAAAGCAGAAAGCCCUCAUGUCCUGUCUGGCGUGUCUGGCCUCUUACUGUGAGACUCACCUCCAACCUCACUAUGAAUCUCCUGCUUUCAAGAAGCACAAGCUGGUCAAAGCCACGGCACAAUUACAGGAGAAGAUCUGCUCCCAUCAUGACAAACUGCUGGAGGUUUUCUGUCGUACCGAUCAGCAGUGUAUCUGUUAUCAGUGUACAAUGGAUGAACAUAAAGGCCAUGAUACAGUGUCACCUGCAGCAGAGAGGACUGAGAAACAGAGGCAGCUGGGGAUGAGUCAACAGAAGGUCCAGCAGAGAUUCCAGGAAAGAGAGAAGGAGCUGAAGGAGCUCCAACAAGCUGUGGAGUCUCUCAAGCACUCUGCACAGGCAGCAAUGGAGGACAGUGAUCAGAUCUUUACUCAGCUGAUCUGCUCCAUUGAGAGAAGGAGCUCUGAGGUGAAAGAGCUGAUCAGAGACCAAGAGAAGGCUCAAGUCAGUCAAGCUGAAGGACUCCUGGAGCAACUGAAGCAGGAGAUAGCUGAGCUGAGGAAGAGAAGCACUGAGCUGGAGCAGCUCUCACACACAGAGGAUCACAUCCAUUUCCUCCAGAGUUAUCAGUCUCUCUCCAGUAUAAGUGUAUCUUCAGACUUACCCAGCAUCGUUGUCCGUCCUCUUCAGUACUUUGGAGAUGUGAGUAAGACUGUGUCUGAACUGAGAGAGAAACUAGAAGACUUCCUUAAAGGAGAAUGGAACAAGAUCUCCACUACAGUGAAUAUAGUCGAUGUUGUACUGCCUCCAGAGCCCAAGACCAGAGAACAGUUGUUACAAUAUUCCUGUCAGCUCACACUGGACCCAAACACAGCAGGCACACGCCUCUCUCUGUCUGAAGGGAACAGAAAGGUUAUCUAUACACGCCAAGUCCAACCAUAUCCUGACCAUCCAGACAGAUUCACCAACCAGUACCAGGUUCUGUGUAGAGAGGGUCUGUCUGGACGCUGUUACUGGGAGGUGGAGUGGAGUGGUAAUGUUGUUGUUUCAGCAGUCUCAUAUAAAGACAUCAGCAGAACAGAGACAGAUGGUGUAUUUGGAUACAAUAACAAGUCCUGGAGUUUACAGUACCAGUGCUUUAGUGGUGGUUAUUGUUUCAGACACAAUAAUGUUAAGACUAAAAUAUCAGGCCCUCAGUCCUCCAGAGUAGGAGUGUACCUGGAUCACAAGGCAGGUACUCUGUCCUUCUACAGUGUCUCUGACACAAUGACCCUCCUCCACAGAGUCCAGACCACAUUCACUCAGCGCCUCUAUCCUGGGUUUUAUCUCUGUUAUAGUACUGCUGAGCUGGUUAAACUGUAGUAGGGUCCACAUAGAUACUAGUCAUAUUGGUGUAGUCUAUAGCUGAGCUGGUUAAACUGUAGUAGGGUCCACAUAGAUACUAGUCAUGCUGGUGUAGUCUAUAGCUGAGCUGGUUAAACUGUAGUAGGGUCCACAUAGAUACUAGUCAUGUUGGUGUAGUCUAAAGCUGAGCUGAUUAAACUGUAGUAGGGUCCACAUAGAUACUAGUCAUGCUGGUGUAGUCUAUAGCUGAGCUGGUUAAACUGUAGUAGGGUCCAUAUAGAUACUAGACAUGCUGGUGUAGUCUAUAGCUGAGCUGAUUAAACUGUAGUAGGGUCCAUAUAGAUACUAGUCAUGCUGGUGUAGUCUAUAGCUGAGCUGGUUAAACUGUAGUAGGGUCCACAUAGAUACUAGUCAUGUUGGUGUAGUCUAUUGCUGAGCUGAUUAAACUGUAGUAGGGUCCACAUAGAUACUAGUCAUGUUGGUGUAGUCUAUAGCUGAGCUGGUUAAACUGUAGUAGGGUCCAUAUAGAUACUAGUCAUGUUGGUGUAGUCUAUAGCUGAGCUGGUUAAACUGUAGUAGGGUCCACAUAGAUACUAGUCAUGUUGGUGUAGUCUAUAGCUGAGCUGUUUAAACUGUAGUAGGGUCCAUAUAGAUACUAGUCAUGCUGGUGUAGUCUAUAGCUGAGCUGGUUAAACUGUAGUAGGGUGUCAUGAUUUGGCCAGGGUUGUUCCGGGUUUUGGUCACUAGAUGCCCCCAUUGUGCUUUUUGACCUUGUGUUUUUUCCCUUGUUCCCCAUUAUUAUUUGCACCUGUGCCUCGUUUCCCCUGAUUGUAUUUAAACCCUUAGUUUCCCUCAGUUCUGUGCUCUGUGUUUGUAUGUUAGCACCCAGCCCUAGUGUUCUGUGUAUUCUUGUCGAUUCCGGUGGAUGCUCUUGUGGAAUUCUGUUUUUGUUUUUGAGUAUCUCUAGAGGCUUUUUUGUGCUAUUCCUACCACCUUUUGGAUUUGCCAUUUUGUAUUGAAGGACUUCUCCUUUUUACUUUAUUAAAUUCACCGUCUUAAGUACUGCUGUGUCUGCCUCAUCUUCUGGGUUCUGCUGACUAUUCGUGGCUCAGUUGGUUAAGUGACUGUUUCUCACUCCGGAGACCCAGGUUCGUAACCGGGUCCUGACAUAGGGUCCACAUAGAUACUAGUCAUGUUGGUGUAGUCUAUAGCUGAGCUGGUUAAACUGUAGUAGGGUCCAUAUAGAUACUAGUCAUGUUGGUGUAGUCUAUAGCUGAGCUGGUUAAACUGUAGUAGGGUCCACAUAGAUACUAGUCAUGUUGGUGUAGUCUAUAGCUGAGCUGGUUAAACUGUAGUAGGGUCCAUAUAGAUACUAGUCAUGUUGGUGUAGUCUAUAGCUGAGCUGGUUAAACUGUAGUAGGGUCCAUAUAGAUACUAGUUAUGCUGGUGUAGUCUAUAGCUGAGCUGGUUAAACUGUAGUAGGGUCCAUAUAGAUACUAGUCAUGCUGGUGUAGUCUAUAGCUGAGCUGGUUAAACUGUAGUAGGGUCCAUAUAGAUACUAGUCAUGUUGGUGUAGUCUAUAGCUGAGCUGGUUAAACUGUAGUAGGGUCCACAUAGAUACUAGUCAUGUUGGUGUAGUCUAUAGCUGAGCUGGUUAAACUGUAGUAGGGUCCAUAUAGAUACUAGUCAUGUUGCUGUAGUCUAUAGCUGAACUGGUUAAACUGUAGUAGGGUCCACAUAGAUACUAGUCAUGUUGGUGUAGUCUAUAGCUGAGCUGUUUAAACUGUUGUAGGGUCCACAUAGAUACUCGUCAUGUUGGUGGUGAUGGUCCCCAAGAUGUGAUGAAUCAUUCUGCUCUUUUUUUAUGCAAUAUAUAUUUUACUGACUGAUUUGAUCUUCAUGCAUUAAAAUGCUUUGUGUUCAUAUUUUAUAAAUUGCUAUAUUUUAAUCUUGUACAUUUCCAUGAAUCAUGAUGUAUGGUGUUGAUGAAUAUUGAUUGUCAUUCAGAACCAUUGAUAUGUUUUCUGAAUUGGUUCUCUGUCUCUAUGUAAUUCUCUUCUUUGGAACAGAUUAGUAACUAAACUAUAUGGACUGGUUUCCUGGACAUGAACAGAUAGUAACUAAACUAUAUGGACUGGUUUCCUGGACAUGAACAGAUAGUAACUAAACUAUAUGGACUGGUUUCUUGGACAUGAACAGAUAGUAACUAAACUAUAUGGACUGGUUCCCUGGACAUGAACAGAUAGCAACUAAACUAUAUGGACUGGUUUCCUGGACAUGAACAGAUAGUAACUAAACUAUAUGGACUGGUUUCCUGGACAUGAACAGAUAGUAACUAAACUAUAUGGACUGGUUUCCUGGACAUGAACAGAUAGCAACUAAACUAUAUGGACUGGUUUCCUGGACAUGAACAGAUAGUAACUAAACUAUAUGGACUGGUUUCCUGGACACAGAUUAAUCCUAGUCCUGGCUAAAAAGUAUGUUCAAUGUAGAUGUCCAGGAAACAGGCCCUAAAUGUGUCAUCUUUCAUCCUCCCAUACUGCUCAGUCCAGCAACAUUAAACCUGUACAACAGGUGGUGCUAUUGACCAAACAAUAUAACCAGCAGACAUCUUGACUUGCCUCUCAGUGUAUCAGUGAUGUUCAGAAUAGUACUUUAAUAUCAUUGGAGAUUGAUUGGAGUCUUUUUAAUCCACUAUCCAGAAUCAGGAACAGAUGAAGUUAGGUCUGCUACUGUUCAGUGGUUAAAUAUGACUUAACUUCAUCUAGUAAUAGUUUUCCUUUGUUAUUUAUUCCAAGGUGUCUUUAACUUGUAAAUGGAUUGUGUGGAGGUGAGCUAGUGGUGUGGCUGAUAGAAUAUAAUGAAAAGGGAGGAGGGGAGGAAGAGGAGAGGAGUGAAGGGCUGUUAAAGAAACCAGAUGAGGAAGAGAAAGAUGUUCAGGGGAAUUACUGACUGUUCCAAAUGGUUCCCUAUUCCCUACGUAGUGCACUACAGUGCUUCUGACCAGGUCUAAAGUAGUGUUCUACAUAGGGAAUAGGGUGUAGAUUUAUUACAAUAUCAUGCUUUAGUGUUUGGCACAAAAAAAUAUUAGAUCUAAACCCACCCACUUCAUGUCUGUCAUCU